ACGUGGCCUUAUUUGGCCCAGCCUAUUUUAGGUGGUUACAAUCAUUGAAAUUUUAAAGCAUUUUGAACCUCUAGAAGCUCUUUUAUUCUAAUGUGUGGAAUUCUACUGAUAAUAUAUGAUCCUUCAAGAGAAUCCCUCGCUACAAAAAUUAUUCAUAGCCUAGAGGAUCAAUUGUGGAGGCGUGGUCACGACUCUAUUAAUGACACUGUGAUAUUGCUACCAAAUGGAAAGUUAAUGUAUUUGAAAGGUUUCGUCUUAGCUCUUAGGGGGCCAGGAGUCACCGCCCAGCCGGUUUCUAAUGGGCGUGGCCUGUUGCUAUGGAAUGGGGAAGUUUUUGAUGGCCUUCAAGUUGGAGUUGAAGAAAAUGACACUCAGAUUGUGAUGGAUGCUUUGACGAGUUGUCAUGGUGACACUUCUCGCAUAUUAAAUGUAUUUGAGAAAAUACAUGGACCAUGGGCUACAGUAUACUGGGAGGAGUCUAAUUCCAGUGUGUGGGUGGGAAGGGAUGUUCUUGGUAGGCGGAGUUUAGUAUGGCACCUCCCACAAGACCAUGAAGACAUAUUUGUUGUAUCGUCUGUUGGGAACAUGAAAGGAUUCUCACAAGAUUAUUGGAGUGAAGUCCCUGCAUUAGGUGUUUAUGAAUAUAAGGCUGCUAAAGAAGAAGAGAGAAUUCAUUGCUAUCUAUGGAAAGAAAAAGAUUCAGAUCAGUUCUUUGUCCUUGAUGCUCAAAACGAGCUCUCAAAACUAACAACAACUCUACACAUUGAGCCAUCAGCUAAAAGCUUGACAGUUCCAUUCUCAUCACUCAAUACAAAAACACCUUCCAUUCCUCCCUCUCCCUCACCUUCAGAGCAGUCAACCUCCUCCACCUGGUCAUCAAAUGCAGCAAGACUAUUAGAAUUAUUACAAGAAGCUGUACACAAGAGACUAGUCUGCUCAAGCAGGGCAGGAGAGGAGAAGGAAGAUGGAGUUAAGGCCUCUCCUGUUGCUGUCUUAUUUUCUGGUGGGCUUGAUUCAGCUGUAAUAGCUGCACUGGUUGACAGGUGUCUUGUUCCAGGUGAGAGUGUUGAUCUUAUUAAUGUUGCAUUCAAUCAAAGCAAAGAUCCUAAAAACACAGAUUAUAAUGUGCCUGACCGUAUUUCAGCUAUUAAAGCAGCACAAGAACUCAAUCCGGACAGACAAUGGAAUCUAAUACUAGUUAAUGUAGAUCAAGAUGAGGUCACUGCAAUGAAAAGUGAAUACAUAUCUCAUUCUGUUCAUCCAUUGUCUACUGUACUUGAUGAUAGUCUCGGGUGUGCCAUGUGGUUUGCUGCUCGUGGUAAAGGCUACCUUGUCUCUGGUAGACCAUACCAAACCAGAGCAAAGGUGGUACUGGUUGGUGUUGGAGCUGAUGAACAAUUAGCUGGUUACUCAAGGCACAGGACGCAAUACCAGCAUGGAGGUAUUGAGGGACUCAUAUUUGAAGUACAGAAAGAUAUUAAAAGAUUAUCAUAUAGGAAUCUUGGCCGAGAUGACAGAUGCAUUGGAGAUCACCACAGAGAGGCACGCUUUCCCUAUCUCGACGAAAAAGUGGUUGACUUCUUAAGUCACCUACCAAUGCAUGAUAAAGCUGAUUUAGAGUUACCAAGAGGAGAGGGUGAGAAGAGGCUCCUAAGAGAGACUGCACUGAUGCUUGGCUGCACUUGUGCUGCUUCUCUUCCUAAAAGAGCACUCCAGUUUGGAUCAAGGGCAGCUCUGUUACAAGGUAGUGCUGGAGGUAAGGGAAAAGGAUCUGAUACUAGCAAAGACUUACUUGUACAUUGAAAAUUAUUAAUAGCACACCCACACAAAAUUUUAUUAUUGUAAAAUUUGACAUACUCAAUGAUGAAGUACUAAACUUCGAUCUUUUGCUACUUUAAA